CCCACUCACUCUGUCUACCAUUCAGAGAGAAACAAAAUCAGCGACUGACUUAGCAAAGGAAAAAAAUAAGAAAAAUGAGUUUCCCUUCUUCCAUGAACGCCGUUACCCUUCUUCUCUUCUUCCUUUUCGUUUCCGCAUUAGUUUGUGCCAAGAAGACGGGUGAUGUGACGGAGUUGCAGAUAGGCGUUAAGCAUAAACCAGCAAAAUGUGAAGUUCAGGCACACAAAGGUGAUAAAGUCAAAGUACACUACCGGGGAAAACUCACUGAUGGAACUGUUUUCGAUUCUAGCUUCGAAAGAAAAAAUCCCAUUGAAUUCGAGCUUGGUGCUGGUCAAGUGAUCAAAGGGUGGGACCAGGGAUUAUUGGGAAUGUGUCUUGGUGAGAAGAGGAAGCUGAAAAUACCAUCAAGACUGGGCUAUGGAGAUCAGGGUUCCCAACCCUCUAUUCCAGGUGGUGCAACACUGAUAUUUGACACUGAGCUGGUGGGAGUGAACGGUGUAAGUUUGGAUGAAGAGGAUAAGACGGGCUCUGAACUGUAGACAAAUAGAAAGAAAUGGAAUGUUGAGACUGUUUGCUAUCUUAGCUUAUUUUUGUUCUUCAAUAAUUAUUAUUUUUGUUCUAUAAUGAUUUUAUGACCCGAGGUUUCACUGUUUAAUUCUGAGCUUAAUUUAGAAAGAUUUAGACUCC